GUCCCUCAGUGUCUGUCUCUCUCGACGAAGGUACUGUGAGAGAGAAUGGCACCGCUAGCAUCUCUCUCGACCUUGGCGGCACUGGCCCUCCUUGUGGGAAGCAGCGUUGCCAAGCAGCCUAAUAUUCUGUAUAUUCUCUCUGAUGAUAUUGGCUGGAACGAGGUGUCAUGGCACAACCCGGACAUGAUCACGCCCAACCUGCAAGAACUGGCAGACACGGGCGUAGUUCUGGAGCACCACUACACGAACUCGCUGUGCACGCCCUCUCGCUCCGCCCUUAUGACGGGGUACUAUGCCCACAAGCUGGGGAGACAGAGGAUCGUCAUCUACGCCGCCCAGCCCGCGGGACUGACUCUCAACGCCACGCUUCUUCCCGAGAGGCUGAAGGACCUGGGCUACAACACGCACAUCGUCGGGAAAUGGCACCUUGGAUUCUGCAACUGGGCUUACACGCCGACCUAUAGAGGAUUCGACACCUUCUACGGGUAUUACAAGGCACAAGAUGGCUACUUCUCGCACUCGCAAUAUGGCGGGUUCGACAUGCGGGACGGAGAGCGCGUGGCCUGGGAAGCCAACGGGACGUACAGCAUGUAUCUGUUCGCUGACAAGGCAAUAGAGGUGAUCGAAUCCUAUAACGGCAGAGAAGAUCCUUUCUUCCUCUACCUGGCGACGCAAAAUGUUCACGUGCCUCUUCAGGUCCCUGAGAAGUACACAGACAUGUACCCCGAUGAGACGGACGAGGACAGACGGAAGCUGAUAGCGAUGGUGACCGCGAUGGACGAAGGUGUUGGCAGAGUCAUUCAGGCUUUGAAGGACAACGGACUCUAUGACGAUACUAUAAUAGUGUGGACUGCGGAUAAUGGUGGCAGGGAGUAUAAAGACAACAACAAGCCCCUCCGCGGCUUCAAGGGCUCGCUGUUCGAGGGCGCCACCCGCGUGCCCGCCGUCAUCCGGUCGCCGCUGCUGGAGUCCACGCCUCGGGUCUACGACGGCCUCAUGCACAUCGUCGACUGGCAGGACACCCUCCUCGCGGCCGUAGGAGCGUCGGAGAUCGCCGGGGACGAUGGGGUCAACCAGUGGGAGGCCCUGAGGUCGCCCGCUGCCUCGCCCUCGUCCGAGCCGCCCAGGACGGAGUUCUUCUACAACAUGGACUUUGUGCCCGGGGUCGGGAUCGACGGCGGGAUUCGGGUUGGCAAAUACAAGUACAUGAGAGGGGUUAUGCUGUAUACAAACGAGACGGGGCCUUGGCUUUUCAAUCUGGAAGAUGAUCCGAACGAGACAACGAACCUCCUGGAGUUCGAGCCCGAGAUCGCCCAGGAGCUGCAGGCGAGACUCGAGGCCGAGUUGGAGAACGUAGUGCAAGCGGACAGCAUCCUGCCUUCCUUCAACUCGAAUCCUGCAAACUGGGGCGGAGCUUGGAGUCCUGGCUGGUGCAACGCUGCUUGAGCUUGCUAACUGAUUAGAAAAGAGAGAGAGAGAGAGAGAGAGAGAGAGAGAGAGAGAGAGGAAAAGGAGAAAAAAAGUAG